AGAAGAAUGAGGUUGAAAUAAAGUUGUCGGAGUUUGUAAAUAACGAGGGGAAACCGCAAAGUGGGUUUUGGCCACACAUAAGCUCGAUCCAUAACACAAAAUUCCAUCCUCGUAUAGAUAACCAAUCAUAUCGACGUUGAUAUUUCGGGAAGAUGAAAAAGAUAUUUCUGGGAAAGCAAUUAUGCAAAACAAUAGGAGCUGUUAUCUCCAAUGCGGGCACGUCUUAUACUGCACUGCAAUCGCUGAGGCGCAUGUGAGUCCAUCCUUCGAAGAAGAAAACAAAAAGCGGCGGGCCUAACCUGAACCAAUUAACCCGAAGCCCGAUUUUGUCAACGAAUACUCGAGUAGUUUAGACUAAUCACUAACGCCGCUCUACCUGAAUCAAAUGAAGUACGCCCUUCAACUGUGCAACGCUGACGCUGAUCUUGACAUGGGGGCCCGAAACUACUGGGAUAUCUAUCCAGAUGAAAAACAAAUACUUUACUUUAUUUGGGUGGGGUACCUAAUCACCCUUCACUUCGCGCUUUGAGCCUCAACGAACAGAGUCCGGUACUAUUCCAAAGCUCCUCAAACUCCCACAGAUGCCGCGAGUGAUCGAAUGAAGCCACGUAGGCCAUUGCUUCGUCCGUAUCUUUGAUUUAAGUUCCAAGAGGAAAUUAAGAUGUCCGAUCCUCUCUCCGUCAUAGCGAGCAGUAUUGCAAUUUUUGACGCUCUGAAGGAGUUCAAACGAUACGCAGACGAUGUCAUCAACGCCGGAGAAGAAAGAGAGGAAUUUCGCUGUCGAUUAGAUCGCGUAGAAAUAGUAUCGAAAGCCCUCAAUGAAUUAGCAUCGGGCUCAGAUCAUCCUGCCGAAGCCUGGUUGAGAGAAUGUCUCAAGGAUCCAACGUCCUCACUUGUCGGCUUAGUGAAGACGAUGCGUGUGGUGUCUGAAAUUUUGAAAGCGAAAGGCCAAAAGAGAAACGUGAAAAAAGGACCGAAAUUCAUGCGAGUGAUCAAGAAUUUCCGGAAGCAAGAUGUGAAAUGGCACUCAGAAAAGAACGAUUUGGAGAAAUAUUUCGAUGUUAUUAAUACAUAUUGUCAAAGCAUAAACACAUUCUUGAAUAUUGUCGAGAUCAAAUAUGCGAGAGAGACGGAUAAAAAUACGAAAAAGCUGCUACACGAUUCUGAAACAAAGAGAGGAGAAGAAGAGCGGAGGGAAAUCGAAAAGUGGUAAGUAGCACAGUCUUGUCUGGAAAACCCAACCUCGGGCUUGGUGAAUCCAUGUACCAAUCAUUGGGACUCCUACUCCACAAAGAUUAAGAUACUAAUUUUGAAAACAUACAGGCUAUCUCCUCUGGAUUUCCUCGCCCGUCAAAGCGAGAACCACAAAUACGCUGCUCCGAAGACGGGACAGUGGUUUCUAGACCUUCCGCAAUUCCAGGCAUGGAAAGAUGGUCUCAUAAAUACCCUGCCUUGUUAUGGCGAAAUGGGAACCGGAAAGGUAAGCUGAUGAAUAUUCUCUUUGGGGUACAGAUGUAAGAUAUCAUAACUUUAGGUUUCCUAGAGCAAUGAACCAAUUGUUCUAGGGUACCUAAGAUAAUGAAUUGUUGCGAAGGCCAACAGUUAUGAGCUGAGACCAUAGUAUAUGUGAGUCGAUUGUUCAAAGGCUUUUGGCACAGCAAUGUCCUUCUACUUGGGUGUAGCAUCAGUAGCACAUUCAUUGUUCACCUUCUGACUAAGCCAUAGACCGUUCUUUCGUCGAUUGUGGUUGACUAUUUGAAGUCACAAAACCGACUCACGCCGGUACUCGUCAUAUAUCUUGACAAGACUCCUGUUGAUUCUCACAAUCGACAUAACUUGAUAGGGAGUUUGAUAAAACAAAUUAUCCAGUUCAAGGGGGCAAGCUGCAAUUCGACGCCUGUAUACGAUGCAUGGCAGAGAUCGAAAAAGAAUGGCGGUUUCUCGACUAUGAACCAGCUAAAAGAAAUAUUCAAUGUAGACCCCCUCCUGAUCAUUUGUCGCUAUGAUACUGAUAAAACUUACACAGGACGAACUGCACCCAUUCAAGCAUGUACACAUUGUUGUAGAUUCGCUGGAUGCAGCUGUUGUAGACACAAGAACCUUCAUAAAACACGGACUUCGACAGAUGUCUUCAAAGAUCAGACUCCUAACAACAACACGAGGCGACGAAGAUCAAAAGCCAAGACCUAUAGAUUGCGACAUAUGUGGGGAUGAAGACCUGGAGUUCUUCUUCGCGUGCCAGGGCUGUGGUCAGGACGAACAGCGUUUUGACAUAUGCGCUAGUUGUGAAGGCAAAGGGGAACUUUGCAGCAACGAUCCGCAACACCUAUUUUCACCACCAGAUACACUUCAAGUCACCAUACGUGCUCCAGAGGAUGAUCUGGCGUCUUAUGUGACUUCAAAGCUCAAAGAACAAAUGCCACCUGAGGAUGGAAUUGACCGAGAUAUGACUUCUGUUCAUAGUGUUUCGACUCCUCUAGGACAGGCAUGUACGAAAGACAAAACUCUUUUGGGCUCAAUUACAAGCUCAAUCGUCCAAAGCUCCAACGGAAAGUUUCUACUUGCCAAAUUAUAUAUCAAUUCGUUAUCAGAACUAUGGAUACCGAAUGAUAUUCGAAGCGCAGCUGAGAACCUGAGCUGUGAUCGAUACGGUCUUUCAGACACCAUAAAUAAUUUAUACGAUGUUGACCUUUCUGAAAGAAUCUCUCAACUUAGCUCAGCCAAACAGGAAUUCACGAAAAGGAUCUUGUCGAUUGUGUACUACGCAAAGAGAGACUUGCGAUUCAAAGAAUUGCAACAGGCACUUGCCGUUAGAGAGGGACAAAUGGAUUAUAAUGUGGGCAACGAAGCACGAAGAAAUGAUAUUCUGAAUAUGACAAAGGGGUUCAUAACAAUCGGCCGAGAUUGUGGAGAAAUUGUGAGAUUUGAUGACCGUACUUUAUCUGAGUAUUUCGACCAGUCCCGGGGAAAAUGGUUUCCGGAUGGAGAAUCUACAAUCGCCCGCAUUUGUCUGACCUAUCUCAACUUUGUAGGCCUCUCUAGCACUUGUGAACCAAACGAGUUUCCCGGAAGAGAGAACAAAUACAUUUUUCUUUCGUACGCUGUCAAUAACUGGGGCGACCACGUGCGAGAAUCUGGAGAUAAACAUGUGGCUGCAGCAGCAACGAAAUUUCUUCAGGAUGAUUCAAGGAGAGAAGCGUACAUACAAGCCGCUUGGGAGACGAAGACACAACAACACCAAAAAUGGGACAUCAGAAGAAACAUACAUGCUCUCCACAUUUGCGCAUGGUUUAAUCUUUCGGCACUGAUUCCGGCCCUUUUCGCCAUACUCAAUGUUGAUGUGCGUGAACCAACAUUUAAUCAAAGCGCGCUGAUGUAUGCCUGUAGACGGGGAAAUCUUGAAGUUGCUAGCUCGCUUCUAUCUUUAGGGGCGUCAAUCAACAUGAAAUCUUCUCGUGGACGCUCUGCCUUGCAUGAAGCUAUCAUUCACAAACACAGUCAUGUGGUAGACCUUCUGUUGGAUACUAAACUUCUUGGUCAAAACAUAGAUGUCAACUCGACUUACACAAGGGAUAAUAACCGAACACCGCUCAUGAUGGCUGUACGUGGUGGAAAGGAUUCGGAGCAGAUGGCUCACGCUUUGCUAAAACACCAUGAUAUUGAGAUCAAUCUUAUGGACCAAGAUGGAUACACUGCGUUGUCUCUUGCGACAUGGGAGAAUUCUCAAAAUCUCUUCGAAGCCAUUCUGAGAUGUAGAGAUGUGGAUGUGAAUACCGUAGAGAGAGUCGGUGGCCGAUCAACAUUAGCAUUAGCAGUCGAACAAGGAAAAGAGCGUAUGGUGACAUGUCUGUUGGCUCAUUGUGCGGCUGUAGAUCUGCGAGAUAACAGAGGAGGGACUGCUGCUUUGAGAGCGGUCGAGCGAGGUCAUGCUGCAGUUCUCGAAAUUCUUAUUAAGCAUCGUACGGAUCUUCUCAUUGAAGAUGAGGAGGGAUGCACAUUAAUACAUCGAGCCGCCGAGAAACGUCAGAUUGCUAUGAUCAGAAAAUUGGAAAGUCAUGGUGUGAAUAUCGACUCUCGAGACAAGUACGGCAUGACACCUCUUCAUCGAGCUUGCGAAUUCUCUCAAUUCGACGCCGCUGACACUCUGAUACAACUUGGAGCGGAUUCAUCUAUUAAUGAUUCUGCCCAACGAACGCCAUUUACUGCGGCAUGGCAAUAUGGAAAUACGGAUCUCAUGGACCUCUGCUGCCAAAAGGGUACCAACCGCGUUGUGGAUGAAGCGCAGAGUACUAGAUUAGAAGAACUGCCUAUCUGGUCUCUGGCUUCUUUGAACGAUCUUGGUCGUCUUGCCUCAGCUGUAAAAACGAGAGAACAUGACUUUCUACUCAAACAAGUAGGAACAGAGAGAACAGCAUUUCAUUGUGCUAUCUUGAAUAACGACGACGAAGAAGCGUAUCUGGUCUUAGAACUUCUUCUCGAGUCGCCCGCGAAACACUUCUUGAACGAACCAGAUAGAAACAAAUCAACACCACUCCAUCUCGCAGCCGAACAACAAUACCUAGAUUGCACGAGACUUCUUUUGCAACAAAAGCCCAAAAUCAAUGAAAAAGAUCGAUUCGGCCGCACUCCACUCUUUCAAGCGUUCGUGAAUGGCCAUCUAAACAUCGCUGUCGCACUAGUCGAAGCGGGCGCAGAGAUAGAGUUGGGUUCAAGAAUUGACAAAGAACAACUAUUAUUCUCCGCCAUCGAAUUAGAGAAUACGAAAGCAGUCGAAAAUCUCAUGAAAGCUGGGGCCGAUCAUAUAUCACCCGAUGAAUAUGGGCGUACUCCAAAAUCUCUGGCUAGGAAGCUUGACAAUGACGCGAUCCUGAAGGUGAUGGAUCCUUACAAGAGUGGAUUUGGACAGGUAAUGGCACCCAGGAAGGCCAGUACUGGUGUGAAAACCCUCACGACAGAGUUGAGAUCUUUGAGUGAAGAAUUGCCGGAUAUGCCUUCCCUACCGGUAGACUUGAAGAACAUUCCGUUUAGGCCCUUCAAGUCGCCUCAGUUGGGGGUAUUUCCGUGGGCUGUUGAGGAGAGGAAUGAAGCUGGAGGCGAUGACGGUGCACGAGUUUUGAUAUGUGCAUAACGUAAAUUAUUUCAGUCGGAACAAGAUUAAAACCCAUU